AUGGGUGCAGGAAAAACAUGCAUCGAAGGAAAACAUGUAGAGAUUGACAUUAGUAACACAGGCUAUAACGGAAACUAUCAGGAUGAUUGUAAAAAUACCAUAAAACUUGAGAAGAGAGAUCAAAUUCCAGGUCUUAAUGGUUACAAGAAAUAUACUCACUCCUUCCCAAGCAGUUGUUCUAUUAGAGGUAUAAAACACCAUAGAGUGAGACAGAAAGGAUUUUCCCUAACAGAUGGAAGUGACUAUAACAAAAAGGUAACCGUAUACUAUUUAAGAUAUGAUGAAGGUAAUCUAGUGCCAUUAAUAGUUGGACUUGAAAAGUCUACUGGGAGUGACAACUAUUAUUACCAUGAAAGAACUAGUCCUCUUUCAACUUCCAAUCAAUGGAUAGAUAAAGACAAUCUCGAAGUUAAUCAAGAAAGUGACCUCUCUCCAAAACUUGCAACUAUCAGUACUCAGCUAAAGCAAUUUGUUGUACUGAAUCUCGGUCAAACUAAUGGGAAUUACUAUGCCAAUGGAAAUCCGAGCCAAGCUCCAGCUAUAAAUGGAACCCUUAAGAUUGAAGUCACUGAGUCUGAAAAGAUACAUGAUUGUUAUAAAAAGUUCACUCACUCCCUUGAAACAAAGGACUCAUUUAGAGUCCUCUCUACCAAAAUCAGCAGAAAUAACAUACCUUUUAAUCCUCCGGUAUAUGGUACUUUGUGUAGUGAAGUUUUUGUCUACUACUGGACUGGGGAUACUUACUACAGUCAACCUCUCCUAAUCCAGCUUGGUGAGGAAGGUAAAUACUAUACUACCAAUUCUGAUGGUAAUAAUUGGACAAAAUCUGAAGAGCCCAACGAUGGUGACCUCAAGAAGAAACUUGAUAAACUAAACUGUGAAAAAAAUAAGGCUCACCAGAUUGAUAUUUCAGAGACUAGUGGUAGUAGAAGCACUACUUACAACUGCCCUAGUUGCAGUUUAAAGCUAAUUACAGUAAUAAACUAUGAUACCAAUGAUGUUAGUACUGAUUACUCAUAUUACUUACACUAUGCUUCUAAUAGCUUCUCGAGAUUCAAAGAUGGUCAGACAGAACAAUCCGGAAUAGCAUUCACUGCUAUAACAUCAACUGUAUUUGUAUAUCACUACCCAAAGGGAGAUUAUGGGAUUCCACUCCUGAUUUAUCUCCUAGGAUCCGCAAGUGGCUGGUACCAAAGGGAAUCUCUUGGCUCUACUGCCUGGAAGCCAGUCAUAGGUGAUAAACCAGGACAUCCAUCAGAACAUACAAGUAGUGAUCCAAAAAUAGUAAAGCUUCUAAAGGAUAUAUUGCCAACUGUUACCAUUGAUGUCGGCAAGACAAAUACACAAACUGGUUAUGAAGAUCCUGGUCCUCCUGGAGGUCAAAAGAAGGAACAGAUUAAAGUUGAAAGACAGGAUCUAGAAGAGGGUUAUACCAGUUUUGCUCAUACUGUUCAAGGUAAAUAUGAUUUUAUACUUGGUGAAGUUAAACAUUGUGAUGACACUACUCUCUCUGAGAUAUCUAGUUUCAUUAUUAAAAGUGUAACAGCAUAUUACUAUGCUAAGGGUGGAUUUACGUAUGAAAAUCUUCUCUUGGUUGGCUUUGAGAAAAGAUCUUCCAGCUCAGACAACUAUGAAUAUUAUAUCAGGGGAGAUGAAGACAAGGAUGGAACUAGUUGGAAACUGGAUCGACAGCAGGCGAGUAAACUAGAUGUUCCUAAGCUUACUCAGGAGCUUGCUAAAAUAAAGGAAAGACUUGAGAAGAAGAAAUCUAAGGGAAAAGAGGCUGGUGGACUUUCUGGUCCUGGAGAUGGUAUUAGACCAAGUUCUGUUACCGAUAGUACACAGAGGUUUUUUCAGCAGAUACUUGAUACCAUCAGAUCUAAACCUGCUGAAAUAGGUGGAGGAGUAGGUGGAACAAUAGGAACAGGACUUGUUGGUUUUGGUACAUGGAAACUAUGGUCUAAAAUAAUGUCAUGUCUAAUCACUAAGGCGAUAUAA